CUCUCCGCGGCUCUCCGCCGUGCCGAGCUGCUCCGGAACAACGCCGCUCCGCCGGGCUGCCGCCGGCUCCUCUAAUACGACGUCUCUACCGUGCUUUAAACAUUCAAGUCCAAAAGCAAACUCCGAGCCGGUCACUAGAAUAGGGAAGUAUCAGCUAUCUGGAAGCACGCUUAUUGGAAAAGAGGAAAGAUUUCUCUGCUUGCAGAAAGUAUGAUUGGGGGAUUAAAAACGUGAGUGUUUUGGGUUUUGAUGAUGUUGUUUUCCUCUUAUUUUCUCCUAUGGUCUGCAAGCAAAGAAGCUCUUCUUUUCCCCCACAGGGUAGAUGCUGAAAGUCUCUAACCAAACAUCUCAGUAACGUGGAUGGUGUAAUUAUCGUGUUGUUAAGCAUUUCCUUAUUGACUUGCACCACACUUAGCGUCUGAUCUCCGAAAUGCAUGUCAAAGCAGUUUCUCAGUUUCUGACGUUUAGAGAGCCUGUCCUGCAGGAUUUUCUGUACCGCCAGAGUAUCGCCGGGUAGGAUGCCCUCCUUGGCCAGAAGCCAGUGGCUGAACGAAGUCAAGUGAAUAAAACAAGUGAAAAGUAGUCUUUGCAAAACAAGGGCGAAAUGCGUGUACAGGGAGCAUCUAGAAAAGAUAAAAAUCCGAGUUUUAUAGCUCAAAAUCAUUACACUCCCGUCAGCAGAACACCAUCAUUAUUCAUGAGCAAAAGGAGCAAAACCCUGCUCGUAUAGCUAUUAUUGUUACGACAAGGACCAAUAACAUCUUUGUUACAAAGAUAGUGUUUGUUAUGAAGAAAUUGGGUGAGCAGCCAUCCAGAUAAACAUCCCCUGUGCCUAACAAGCCUACUGUCUUCGUGAAGUUUUGUGUGCUGCUAACUGCUCUUCCUUUUCAACCCUUGUGGGGUUUUUUUCUUGUAAUUACGCAUAUUGUUUCCCACUUACCCUAAUUUCAGCACUAAGGCUCUGAAAUUGCACAGAGAAGUAAAAGAGAGGUUGUUUUUUUCCUGCUUGUGCACACAGACAAAUUCGAUACAUAUUAUUGCGGUUCUUGCUGUGCAAUAAUAAUAAUCUUCGUUUGAUUCUGUAGAGCUCACUCAAAUAUUAGAGCCUCUAUUUCCCCUCUAUUUUUAAUUCAUCUUAGUUGCUUUUACGGUGUUUUGUUUUUAUUUUGAAGAGCAGUGAUUGCAUAUUUUUUACAGUGCAACACUGACGAUGUUCUUGAAGUUAGGUGCCUCUUAUUUGUACCUGCAUUCACUUCGCUGUUACAACAUCCCGCGGGACAAGAGGACGGGCACACUCCACCGGGGUGCUCGGGGGCAGCGGGGCGCGAGCAGCAGCGGCGGUCGCUGCGGCACAGCCCGGAUCGGGCUGCAGCCCGAACCGGUGAGGGCAGCGCCGGUGCGGCACAGCGCCCGGCAGCACAGCGCUGCUCGCACAGACCGCCCCGCUGGAGCAUGAAGCCGCAUAAAGAGGCUAAACGCAAAGCGAGGAGCCCUCAGACACAGUCGGGGGGUGGUGGGCAGCGGGAGGAAUUGCACCCCGCGCUCACCACGGGAGCCUUCGGGAUGCUGGAUUUCUUUGCCGCGUACUCGCCCUCUGCCGAUGACCCGGGCGCAGGCGGUCGGGCUUGGCCAGGGCGACGGGCCCCGCGCAUCUCCUCUCCAUCGCCCUCCGCAAGCCUCCGCUACCACCUUUCCGCGCACGCACAACCUCCGCCUCCGGGAGCGGGGGGAAUCCCUCCCAGGCCUUACAGACCACUGCCCGCCGACUCAGCCCGGCGGGAUUCCUGCGGGACUGUCCGCCGCCGGGCACGGCGGGCACCUGGCUGUCGCGGGGCAGCAGCUCAGCCCUCCUUUUCAUCCACGGAGCAUCUCGAGGCUUUCCCGCAUUUAUUCUCGCAAGCAGGCGGAAUCAGACCCCUCUGCCGAAGCCGGCGGGCGAGCGGCAGCAGUUUCGCGGCGGGGGCCAGCGGCAGACCUCCCCAGGGCAGCGCUGGGCCGUCCCCCUGGGACAUCCCUCAAGCAUUGGUUCGCCGGACCGAAUCAGAGGUGUUUCACCAGCAUGGCAUUGCCUCCAAGAUGGACAGUGCCACACCUGAUCUCUAUUUUGCUUUAGACAGAUAA